UUUUCUUGUCGUCUGUAUUUGUGCAAAGAGAAAAAUUCUGCUCACGUGCCUAGAUUCUUGUCGCGGUUCGUUACGUGCAAUUUUCUCAUCAAGUAUCCGGGUCGUGAACUGUGUUUGUUAGUUGUACAGUCUCUUCAGCAGCACCUUUGAAAAUGAAAAUCGUGGGUCGUAUCAACGUGGAUUCGUCUUGUUCUUUCCAUCGCUGGAUGAAGACUAAAAGAAAAGAUCGUUCGCGGCUCGGUGCACCUAAAUUGGGUCACUUGUCUGUCAGCGCAGUUGUGGAUAGUCUUCUAUUCUACGAAGUUCAUUUACUUCUUCAGCACUGUAUCACAUUCAUUAGUAUCUCAAAUCCAAGCAACUUCAUUGCAGGUAAUGACGAUGAUUGUACCCGUGUGUUUUUUUUAAAGAGCAAUAGACGCAGAGGAUAAAGAGAAAACAAGAAGCGACUGCUUGUGCCGCGAAUGUGGCCACCCGUGCUGGAGUCGGUCACGGAGCCACCUCCGACUCCGCCGAUCUAUCGCAAGGCAAAAGUGAUACAGUUACACAUUGUGUUGCAGGCCAAGCAAGACAGACCAGCUCUGUCAUGCCGGAUACGCAUAGAAGCCUCGUUUCAUAGAUGUUUUCCCCUAGGAUAUCUGUAUUGCAAGUUUUCUCUCUCAUGCAGAGAAAUUUGCGUUGCUGAAUUGACUACAAAUGUGUAAUUGUAACACUUUUUUCCUGGGAUACGAUCGUCAAGCAGCGGAGUGUGGAGCAGUACCGACAAGCGCAGGAUGAAGCACAAGAGAAAAAGGUAUAUCAUGACAUCUAUUUUAUUCAACAAACAGGUUGAGUCGUCACGCAACGCGCAUAGAAACAAAUCGUAGUUGCGCGCUAGUAUUCAAGACAUGCAAGUUUUCGCUUUUGUUUUAGAAAGAUAGUGAAAUGCAACCGAAAAUACCGAUCCAGCGACACGAAUUGGAGCGUGCGCAGUGGCAGAAAGAGAAGAAGCAGCUGGUGCGAAAGAUCCAGAACCUCGAGCGCACACUGGCUUCGCACAAGCAGGAGAAAAUGGAAGAAAAAUACGACAGAAAAUUUCAGCCAGAGUACCAUGCAUUAUUUGUUUACAUUCAAAAAGGGUGCCUCUUUUAUGAUGCGAUGCAUAAUGAACAAUUUCAGUCUUCUUGCUCCAAAGUUGGAGGGGCGAACAUGUUUGGGAAAAGAAAGAUAAGUAUUCCGUUUGUCCCAACUCCAACUUAUUACAACUCGCACUUUCUUGCAGCCCUCCACUGCCGGUCGCCGUGCGGCAAAUAUCAUAUACUACAACUCCCCUCCUCCGUCAUUUGUCGUGGUCCGAUAAGUGCAGCUUUAUGCUAGAAUACAUGGCGACGCUCUUUUUUUUUGCAGAAGCAUGACUGUGAGUUGUCCGGGCAGUAUUUCUUCGUCUGGAGGGAGGGGAUGUUGUACCACCUGAUAGGAACAAAAGCGGCCGGAGGACGCCCUCGAUGUAGAUGUACUGGAGCGCCUUCCGGUAGCGAAGCCCCUGCUCGUAUCCUGUGUGACAUUAACCUGAAGUUGUGCGAAAGUACUAGAUUUCAAUGCAACAAGUCUUGCAUGUUCAGCUGCAGCUGCUUCAAGCCCUCGUAUUUCAAUGGGUUUGCCACGGAAAGCAACUACUAGCAUGCUCGUUUUGGUCAAUUCCCAGGCAGCUGAAUGAAUAUCUACACAGAUAAUUAUCCUUCAAGUGAGUAUGCGAAAACGAACAUGAAAUGUUGUCUCGGGGCAGCAGAAGUGAAUUUUGCUAUCGCGACUUACUGACUUGGAGUUGGGUUCGAGGUGCCGCCUUGAUGCGCCGCUGUGUAGUAGAGCCCAUUCUUUGUACAGAGAGUUGCUUUCAUUGCACAAAGCAGGUUUUGUUUUCCACAGGAUGGCCUGCGAUUCCGGAAAAGCCGGAACCGUUUCCGAACUUGAAGGAGGUAGAGCCCAAGUCCCCACCCGCCCAGUCGCCUCUGAACCGCGCGGAGUUCACGCUGCAAAUUGGGUUUGAAGAGAACUUUCAAUUCCGGGAGGAGUUCAAAGUGAUGAACUCCCUGCGCAUGGGCAGUUACUCGGCCUCCCUGUGGGACGCUUUCCACGAGUGGAGGGACACCAUGCAGCAGAAACCACGCACCUACAAGAAAAAACCCGCAAGCAGUCCCAGUCCGAAGAGAAAAAGUGGCUCGGCGACGUCCUCCGCGUCCGCUGCAACUCCCACCACGACUCGGAACAGCCCCCUGCCGCCACCGGGGUCGAAUAAGAAGCAGAGCGGAUAAGGCUUGUCGUCAUGCUGGUGCGGGUGGUGCAGUUUGUCUGUGUGGUCCUGGCGGAUUUUUUUGAAAUCCAGACUGCGCAAAGUAAGAGGUGAUAAGAAAGUAGACCAGCAAUAGAACACUUUGUGACACGACUGCAGCGUCCCAUUGUGCUGUAUUGAUGGAAAUUGUUUGAAAGGAGUACCUGUCACAAUAAAGUAUUGGAAAGAAGAACUGCUGCCGCUUCUUGUACCAGAAUAUUUCGCAAACGGGAACCGCACUCCGUGUGGGAUGACAAUUGAU